AUGGACGAAGAUGUGGAAGGAGAAAGAAAUCGAGUGGACCCACUCGGCCUCGUCUUCGAGAUGGCUCCUGUACUUGCUCAUUCCGGUACACCAAAGAUUCAACUAACGCCUUCUUUAGUCCUCCAAACCACUCAAGCCAUUCCAGCAGCUGUAAAGCAUGUUUACAGCCGAUUGGCGGCAGCGGCAAGUGAAGUGGAUGAAGGGAUUGCUUCACUGUUGCUCAUUCUUGUUUCUGAUGGAAACACAUGCAGUAGAUCGCUAACAAAAAGCAUGGAAAAAGCGAUUAGUGAACUGGUAGCCAAGACAUCGUUAUGGUUACUUUCAUCGGGAAACGCUGAAGAACCUUUAGCUCAAGUUGCUAGCUAUGCAAUUCGUCAAGUGCUACCAAACCUAGAAAAUGAGUCCGAAGUUUUACACAUUUGCGUAAAUUCACACUCGGUUGUUCUCGAGGAAACGGCAAGAUCAAUUACAAAUCCUCCCGUUAUCGUCAAUGCUGUGCUGAACACUCUUCUCAUUUUAUGUAAAGAAACUAUAGAGGAUGCUGAAUGCGCUAGAUUCCGGGCUCAACUAGCCAUCCGAUUAGCACAGCCACCGCCUGCCUUAUUGAUCGGUGUCCCAUCGGAAAGCGGAGUGAUCCCACAAGCGCAACUCCAAUCAAAUGCUCCGAUUCUCCUCUCGCCGAGCAGCGAUCAUCGGCCACUUCCCGUUGUUUUCUUUGCCGCUGAAUCCGCGUCAUCCCUUCAGGAGUUGAUAAUUUACGUUGAACACGGGCUACCAGUCAUCAUUUUGCAAGACAGUUGCGAGCUGUGUGACACCCUCUACAACGCCUUUCUUCUGUAUAAAAGUGCCGAGUUUAAUCACGAGAAAUUCAUGAAAUGGCUUGAAAAGAAAUUUGGAGAAGAAAACCACCAAGCAGAGUUGAUUUCAAGAAUAUUCGCGCUAGCACUCUGCAACGGUGAAUUGAUUGAGUUCAUUUCGAGUGACGAGCUCGCUACGCUUCCAUCAAGAAUUGUCGAAGCUUUUGUGACGACGUUUACCGAUAAUCAUGAUAUUCAGCGAACUCUUCAGCUGGCAGCUUGUCUCAAUUUGCCGUCAUUGCUUGAUACGGUGGAUGUGAAUGCUAUUGAUGAAGAGUUGAUGAACUCUUUACUUGUCGCCAGUUUAUCUCGAGAAGAUCGUGUCUCUUUUCUUGCUGCUCUCCUUUCUCGACCCGAUCUCAUCUCGAUCACUGAAGACCUACUACUUCAAAUUCUACACUCGAAUGAGCAACAAUUCUUUAAUACGAUUAUCUUGUGCCAAUGUCUUGGACGCUCAUCAACUCUCUCUGAAGUUGAUAAUUCAUUGUGCAAAGAUCUUGACUCGCUUUUUACUCGACUUUCACAUGGAACCAAUGGCCUUUUCCCCCAUUCUUUAACCCCACCACUCAAUGGUGAAUCAGCUAUUCAGAUUUUAGCUUUAUGGUGCUUAUUCUUGAAUCGACCCACUCAAACAAAAUGCCUUGUCGCACACACCGAGCAACCACUGGCCACAGCUCUCAUUCUGAGUCGAAUCGCAAGAAGUCUUAGCAAUGAGGCCUACGAUUGGUUUUUCUAUGCGGAAUCGAUGCGAUCUCUUUCACAAGAUCUAUCAAAAAGUGCCGAAGCUUUACUGAAUUCAGUGCACAAAAAAUCAAGCACUCGUUCGUAUCAAGUUCUUUGUGAGCCAUUAGAAGCAUUUGGUAAUGCUCCGCUCACCGAGAUUGCUUUUAAAGCAGAUAAUCGAGAUUUUUUGGCUCACGAAAGCUCUCAACGAUGGGUUUACAGAUUACUUUAUGGGAAUUUACAAAUUCGAGCUGGAGCUUUUCCCUCAUGUUUCCCUAAAUGGAUUAAACUCUUAUUUAGCGCUUUAUUUAUAAUAUUUAUUCGUUAUUGGGUGGCAUUGAGACCGUCAUCUCAUUUAAAAGAAAAGAAAACAAUCUCACCAACAGUUGCUCUUCUUGAUACAAUGCGAUCACCUAGGAAAACAAGAGCUUAUUCAACUAAUAGUAUGCUAUCUGGAAGUACGGUGACGAUGAAUGUGCACACUCAUGCGCCUCUUUUAUAUCAAAAUGUUCACAAUGGUGGAGUCGAUUCAGCCACUCCGCAAAGCAUGGUGAUCCCGUUCACGAUUGAAGAAAUGGACACAAACACCGCUGUGCCACGUUUACCAAAAAGAAGAAAGGAAAAAGGGCACACAAAAAGAAGAUGGAAAACCCCAACAUUGAGAACUUUCUACAGUACGCCUAUUGUUAAGUAUUGGGUCUCGUUGACUUUUCGUCUCAUUCAUAUUGGAUUGCUUUCAUAUUCAGUUCUUUUACCCGGUUGUGGCUCAAAUCUUUUGGAUAUGAUUGUAUGGGUUUGGACGCUGAUUGCGUGGAUUGAACAGAUUUACGUAGUUUACAGUCGAUCUCACUCAGUGCCAAUCACCGAAAUGCCUUGGAGAAUUUUUGAUCUCAUCAUCACUUUCGGCUAUCUUAUCGGCAUUUUUGUGUUCAAACUUUUUGGAGAGCAAAUCUUUUCGUAUUUAAUGCCGAUCUCUGUUUACCAAUCGCGAGUGAUUUCUGCUUUCUUUUUACUCUAUUUUUGUUAUGCUACUCUUUUUACAUAUAUUCCAUUAUCAGAGCUUUUCGGCCCACUUGUCAUUCGGGUAAAACUAAUGUUGCUGAGAGAUUUCACGAAUUUCCUUGUCAUGGUAGCAUUGGUGAUGAUUAGCUCCGCCUUUGCUGUUCACUCGCUACUCUAUCCAGACAUGCAACUUUCACUUCAAUCUUUACUCAACAGCCUCAAUUGGGCUUGGCUUUCCAUUUUUACGACAGACAUGAGUGCACUUCAAGAAUCGGAGAAAUGCAAAAAGUCUUUCCUCGGCUCUCCACGAUCAUUUUGUUCUUCAUUGGGCCAUCACAGUGAUUCGUCAUGUCCUCGACAAGGACUCCCUGGAUACAUUGUUAUUAUCGAAUAUUUUAUUGUCUUGAAGUUGAUUCUUUGGCCAAUUCUCUUUGCGUUCUUUACAAAAACAGCGAAAAGCGUUGAUGAAGAAGCGGAUCGAAUAUGGAAACAUCAAAUGUAUGGGCUCGUUACAGAAUUUGGAAUUCGUCCCUGCCUUCCACCACCGUUUACCCCAAUUCUAUUACUCUUUGGAGGAGCAUCUACUUGCAUGCAACGAUGUGCUACGACAGCCACUACUGAGCAUCCUGAUAUGAACGGAGAAACUGAACUGAAACGGAUCAAGGCUCAAUUGCGUCGAAUGAAUUUAGCUGUGGAAUACAAUCGUGAAAAUGCAUUGAUUCAAACGAUUCGAAAAGUACAGUAUGAAAGCUCGUCAUUUCAACGUUUGGUGCUACCGGAGAACUUAAAGAAUUGGGAUACCCUCUUUCCAUCAUACAAUCCACCAUUUUACAAUAAACCGACCGAGGAAUUUGCGAUUUUUCUUCAAAAAUACGUGGAAGUGCCGACAAGACAGUACACAGCUGAGAUGAGACGUUUGUGGCGAUCAAAACAGCUAAACGAUUCACGAAUUCGUCUCUCUGCGCAUGGCUUUCCGUUGAAUCCAUCUGGAAGAACCGGGAUCACCGGACGUGGCACUCAUGCUCGCUUUGGACCGAAUGCAAUGACUUUUUACAUCAUUUUUCAUGGCAAUCGUGGAGAAUCUAGAUGCUUAUUGGAAAACGGAGCAUUGCCGCAUGAUUGGCGCUACGAUUGCGGAGCAAGGGAUGAUCGAUUGAGGGCAUUGCUCGUUCAAAUCGGAAUCAACGAAGGUGAUGCACAAGUACUUUCUACAAGACGAAUCGAUCCCGGCCUCUCGACUCCAUCCGAUACUGGGCCAAAUAGCAUCUACUCAGCACUAGUGUCAUCAGCUUCCGAUACAGAUAAUGCAUGGACAGAAUAUGACGUCUGGGCAGUGUCAUUAAGG